UUUGCUGUUCAGCACUCAAUAAUGUCAGACAAGAAACAGCAGCUCGUGCUCGCGAUUAUCGAUUUCCUCCACCAAUCCAUCGACGAUGGCACUGUGAAACAGGACGACAAAGAGAGCUUGGACAUCGCAAUUCAGUGCAUUGGCGAAGCAUUCGGGGUCGAUCCUGUAGACGAGGAGCAGCGAGAACGUCUCAGCAUAGAACCUGCAAAGCUUCAGUCCAUAUUCGAUGUAUUUUUGAAGACGAAAGUCAAAGUCGGAUCUCAAGGCUUAUCCCAAUCCGCCUCAAAGCUUCCCUCUACAGAUGACAAGGCUAAAGCAGAAAAACUUAAGCAGUCCGGCAACGCCCAGAUGUCCAGUAAAAAAUAUGAUCUGGCCAUCGAAAAUUAUACACAGGCAAUCGCGCUGGAUUCUUUCAAUCCUGUAUACUUAUCUAAUAGAGCAGCAGCUUACGCUAGUAAAGGCGAACAUGCUGCAGCAGUCGUCGAUGCAGAAAGGGCAAUCGAGGUAGAACCAUCGUUUGUCAAAGCAUAUUCGCGUUUAGGGCAUGCUCAGUACACUCUUGGCAACUAUAGAGCUUCUGCCACCGCUUUUAGAAAAGGCCUCGAGCUUGAUCCUUCUAACGGCAACUUGAAAACUGGCUUACAGAGUGCUGAGGAACGUAUUAUUCCCGAUGAUGACGACGACGGCCCCCCUCUUCUUGUCCCUGACGACAGUAUUCCUCCCUCUUCAAGUCGUGGCACGGCACCUGCUUCAGAGCAUGAUCAUGGUUUAGGUGGCAUGGCAGAUAUGUUCAGGAACGUGGGAGGAGGCGGAAUGCCUGAUUUGGCUGGUCUGAUGAAUAACCCGAUGAUGAUGCAGAUGGCUCAACAAAUGAUGGCCAAUGGCGGGAUGGAAAGACUGAUGUCUAAUCCAUCUGUUGCUAAUAUGAUGAACCGCGUCCAAUCGGGUGGUGGGAUGCCGUCCAUGGAGGAACUUAUGGCCGAUCCAACCCUGAGAAAUAUGGCCAGCCAAUUUGGAACCGGCAGACAAUGAUGAAAGGUCUUUCUAGUCAAUUCGCCCAACAAAUUCGGAUGGAGGAUGACAGGAAGUAUAUGUACAUAGUCGCUUUUUUCCCAUCGGAAAAUGGUUGUCAGAUCCAACUGUCAUUCCUUACUUUUUGGACAUAAUGAGGAUUCGGACAAUUCAAGUUGUAAACU